GGGCUGUCAGUCUCCCAGCGUCCCCAGCUUUCCAGGUAGGGACGCCCACUCCCACGCAGCGCGGUUCCGGCGGGUGGAAAGGAGGGGCUGGGCUCCCAGCGCCCGCCCCUCUAUCCAUCACAUGGCCGGAGAGUCACAAAAACAACAGCUUUGGCCAAGACCGUGACUUCAGGAAAGGGAACCCGGGGCUCUCGCAGCCAGCCCUCCUGCCCAUGGAGGACAGUUUCCUUCAAUCUUUUGGGAGGCUGAGCCUCCAGCAGCAGCAGCAGCAGCAGCGGCAGCGGCCGCCCCGGCCGCCCCCGCGGGGGACACCUCCGCGCCGCCACAGCUUUAGGAAACACCUCUAUCUCCUGCGAGGCCUCCCGGGCUCCGGGAAAACUACACUGGCCAGAUGCUCAGAAUGGAGCAGUGGACAAAGGAGACACAAAUCCCUGCCUUCAGGGAACAUGUAUUCUAUUAGAGAAAAAAAAAAAUUCCCAAGGAAAAAAGGCAAUUUUAGCAUCUGCUCUGCUCUGUUCUCUCAAAAAAUAAGCAAAGGAUUUCAUAGGUAUGCCACUGGAGCUAUAUUUCCCCAAGAAACGUCCACAUACGCACAACAGUGUUAUAGGUACUUGGGAAUCAUCAGUGAACAAAACAAAGAUCCUGCCCUGGUGGACCUUAUGUGCCAGAGACAAUUGCAGCAUGACUUUCCCAGGGCCCUGAUUUUCAGCACGGAUGAUUUUUUCUUCAGGGAAGAUGGUGCCUAUGAGUUCAAUCCUGACUUCCUGGAGGAAGCUCAUGAAUGGAACCAAAAAAGAGCAAGGAAAGCAAUGAGGAAUGGCAUCUCCCCCAUUAUUAUUGAUAAUACCAACCUCCACGCCUGGGAAAUGAAGCCCUAUGCAGUCAUGGUAUUUCAGACCGAACAAAAGAAUCUUUUCAGGCUGGAAAUGGACAUGGUAGUUUUCAGGCCAGAAAUGAAGAAACAUUCAUGGUGUCUCAAGAGAAAAAAUCCACCGAAUGAAAGAACGGUAUGAACACGAUGUUACCUUUCACAGUGUGCUUCAUGCAGAAAAACCAAGCAGAAUGAACAGAAACCAGGACAGGAAUAAUGCACUGCCUUCCAACAAUGCCAGAUACUGGAAUUCCUACACAGAGUUUCCAAACCGGAGGGCCCACGGCGGAUUUACAAGUGAGAGCUCCUAUAAUAGAAGGGGCGGUUGUCACCAUGGAUAUUAGAGGCCUACCUUACAGCCAUGCAGAAUUUUCCGAAGUCAGUUUCUACUUCAAUUUUUGUUAUUCUUUGUUGCAUUUUAGUCAGAGCUCCAAUUCCAGUGUUAAACAGCUGAACUCAAACAUUUCUGAGCAAAGUCAUUAUAUUCAUUAUCUUCACCAAAAUUUGUUCAAGUGCUUCUACAUGCAUGGUUUGAUGCUGGGAAUUCUGCAGAUUUGAGUAAACAGGCUCUUUCUCUAGGGUAAGAAUUUGAAACCAAAACUUGAGAACACACCCAAGAACAUGAUUAUUUACAUAGGUUCAUAAAUGAAAUAAAGCGUUUAUAUUAUAUAUAAGCUUCAGUACCAUUUUCUCUGAAGUGAUCUAUUUAUUUUUUCAGGAAAUUCAUCUCCAUCAGGAAAGUUGGGAAGGUGGAGAAAAGUGGUGGGGGGGCAGGAAAAGUUUUAGCACCAUUGCUAUUUUGAUAAUCUAUGUAUCUAAAAAUGUGAGAUUUGAGACUCUAUGAUACUGAUUUUCCUUUAAUGUUAAUAUGCCAGAAAGUAUACAUCUGGGAACAAUGUCCUUCAAAGUAGACACUUUGGGAGGUUAUUCCUUUAUUUUAAUGAUGUAUCACUGUUAAAAAUACUUUCAAAUCCUUAAUAGCUAUAGGAGCUACUGAGGGAAAUCAGUGUCAUUAUUUAAAGUCACACUUUGUGUUUUUACUACUUUAUUCAGCAGGAUUGAACCUGAAUAACUUUUGGCUGUUGUGCUAAUAGUGUAAAUAAAAUAAGCCUGCCUUCAUAAAACACUAACUUUUAAAAGGAAUAGCUAAAUGACUUCUAAAAUUAUGCCUAUUAACAUGUGUAAUUAGUUGGCAGCUCAAAUGUUUGGGAGUGCAAGAAAUCAGGCACCCCAGGAUAUAGGUCAUACAGGGAUAUAUAAAAGCCAUGCUCAUUACAAAAUGAGCAGUUGAUGUUUUAUGUGGCAUUAAGACAAUCAAGUCCUCAUAACUCUGGAAUGUCUUAUACUGAUGCUGAAUUUAUGAAUCCAAAUCAAUUUCCGACAGGUUGGAAUCAGAUUUAGCGUGAGAUCACGAUAGACAAGACCACAGAGGACGUAUGCUCUACUUCUUGUUGGCCAACAGCUUCUUUCUAAUGUUCUGUGAAAAAUUACUUUAAGUGUCCUAUAUAAUGGUGCUUUUUAUGGUUAUUAAAAAUUGUAAAUGGUAUCACAUUUAUAUGGAUUUGUCAUUGGAUCUUUUGAUUCAACAAUAAAAAAAAUUUAAUUACCUAAAUGCCAAGAAACUCAACAAUUGAUACCAGUUUUUCUGUAUCACAGGCUUAUUUACCAGUCUUUUUUUUAAUAAAUAGGGAUCAUAAAGG